AUGUCUACAACAGCGCUUGCGAAGGCGUCGUCUGUGACUAUCGUACGAGACAUCGCAUCCAUCUCCGUACCCGAAGGCGACGAUAUGCAGACACAGCUCGACCGUAUCGCCCGGUCAAAUCGCACUGAAUACGAGAAGCGAGUCUGGACUGCCCUGUGCCAAGUACCCAAAGGCCAAGUCACGACAUACGGCAUCCUAGCAGCUCAUCUCAAGUCCUCACCGCGCGCCGUCGGCAACGCUUUGCGUCGCAAUCCUUUUGCGCCACAAGUACCGUGCCACAGAGUCGUUGCCACUGGCGGGGCUUUGGGGGGCUUCAAGGGCAAGUGGCCCAAAGACGGAGAGGGCAUUACUGUUGAUGAGAAGAGGAUGCUUCUGAGGAAAGAGGGCGUCAAGAUUGAUUCGAGCGGUCGGGUCUUGGGGUCGCCCUUCGUGGCCUAUGCCUGA